CUUUCCAUCCAAGCGCUCAGGCGACAUCGCAACGAGCAGCUUGUUGAGCCCAUUGCACAUCAGGCCGUCUGUCCAGAAUAUACUGUGCGCCGAUUGGCCCAAAGACUCUCGAAUGAUCAGCUCGGGAAUUCGUACUGAAUGAGUGCGUGAAUGUGCCGCCGGGACACUUUAGGAGAGGCGGACGAGGGAUUUUGGGGUGUUUACUACUGAAAAUGGACCCGAGCGGAGCCGGAGCAGACAACGUGAGCUGGCCCGUUGCUGGGACUGAGACCCAGGGAGAGUAGCCAAAUAUCUGGAUUCUUCGCUGACCGUCGGGAGGGGUUGUCAAACAGACCGUUUCUCACAUCCAGGUGUGACCCAGACCUCGCGGCCGAGUUGCCCUUUAGAGCGCAGGUGGAUCGAGGCCAGAGGCGGCAGCGAGGAUGGGGGGCGGAGGCCAGCUGACGGAGCCGGGCGGCGGGCGGGCCGGACGCGUCUACACCUGGGAAGAGGUGCAGAGCCACAGCAGCAGGAACGACCAGUGGCUGGUCAUAGAUCGAAAGGUUUACAACAUCACUCAUUGGGCCAAGAGGCAUCCAGGAGGGCUUCGUGUCAUCAGCCACUAUGCUGGAGAGGAUGCUACGGAGGCAUUCGCUGCUUUUCAUCCUGAUCCAGCGUUUGUGCAAAAGUUCCUGAAGCCCCUGCUGAUCGGAGAGCUGGCAGCAACGGAGCCCAGCCAGGACCGAAACAAAAAUGGUGCAAUCAUACAGGAUUUCCAGACUCUACGCGCGCAGGCAGAGAGCGAGGGUCUGUUCCGAGCUCGGCCUUUGUUCUUCUGCCUCCACCUUGGUCACAUUGUGCUGCUGGAGGUCCUUGCCUGGCUGAUGGUCUGGCUCUGGGGAAAUAGCUGGAUACUGACGUUUCUGUGCGCGGCCAUGCUGACAACGGCCCAGUCGCAGGCUGGGUGGCUGCAGCACGACUUUGGCCACCUGUCUGUCUUCAAGAAGUCCCGCUGGAAUCACGUGUUGCACAAGUUUGUCAUCGGCCAUUUAAAGGGAGCCUCCGCCAACUGGUGGAAUCAUCGACAUUUCCAGCAUCACGCUAAACCCAACAUCUUCAAAAAGGACCCUGAUGUCAACAUGUUGAAUGUCUUUGUGGUUGGAGCCACUCAACCGGUGGAGUAUGGCAUUAAAAAGAUCAAACACAUGCCCUAUCAUCGCCAACACCAGUACUUCUUUCUUGUGGGACCACCGCUGCUCAUUCCAGUUUACUUCUACAUUCACAUAAUGCACACCAUGAUCUCCCGCCAUGACUGGGUGGAUCUGGUUUGGUCCAUGUCUUACUAUCUUCGCUACUUCUGCUGUUACAUACCCCUGUAUGGCCUGUUUGGCUCAUUUGCGCUCAUCGGCUUCGUCAGGUUUCUGGAGAGUCACUGGUUUGUGUGGGUGACUCAGAUGAAUCAUCUGCCGAUGGACAUCGACCACGAGAAGCACCAGGACUGGUUAACCAUGCAGCUGCAAGCCACCUGUAAUAUUGAGCAGUCGUUCUUCAACGACUGGUUCAGUGGACACCUCAACUUUCAAAUCGAACACCAUUUGUUUCCUACGAUGCCGCGACACAACUACCACCUGGUGGCCCCGCUGGUGCGCGCGCUGUGUGAGAAAUACGGCAUUCCUUACCAGAUGAAAACUCUGCGGCAAGGCCUCGCUGACAUUGUCAGGUCACUGAAAAACUCAGGAGACCUCUGGCUUGAUGCAUAUCUCCAUAAAUGACAAAUCUUAUUCCCUACGCCCUACACUACCUAAAGGGAGUAAUGUUUUUCUCCUCUUCUGCAUCAUAAAUUGAUUGUAUCUGUUUGGUUUUAUAAUCCAGUAAAGUGUGGGAAUUAUCUUUUCUUUCCGUUAGUGCUGUAGUUAAGUCUUGGCUUACUUUUCACAUUCUGUGUAGGAUUAAUUUAGUGCUCAUAGGAUUGCCUGACAGUAUCUUGAACCAGUUGAUGUACAAGUGAUGUUUUUUCUUUAUCUCUCACGUGACUCCAUUUGAAAAAUUAAAAAAUGACAAUUACGCUGACAAGUGAACACUCUGGUGUAACAGGGUUAAAAUGUUUCUAUAAAAUUUAGAAUUUCCUUCUUCGACUGCAACUCUUUUCUCAUCUUCUUAUGCAACAAUAA